UUUACAUCUCAUCUCGCACAACGCCCAUGUUGCAUCGGCAAACAACUUUGAAGCUUUUUUCUCUAUUUAUUCUGAUGGGUUGUUCCUUAGUUUCCCCGUUAAGUGAACCCUGCGGGGAAAACGAGGAGCGAGCCUGCUUACUCUGCACUGAGCCCAAAUGUUCACAUCCCUACAUCGAAGAGCCCCUUUGCGUUUUCAUAAAAAGGUGUCGACUUGGAUGUGGCUGCAAGUUUGGAUAUAUUCGCCAUGAUCUCGAUAACCGAUGCAUUUCCGUCCUGGAGUGCAAAAUGCCAGUGCGCCAGCUUAGCGUUCCCAUUUUUUAAAGUGUACUUAAUCAUAUUUCAUUUAAAUUCAAAUUCAUGCCUUUCCAAACAAGCACGUAUAAUAAACUUAAUUAAUUGUA